AUGGAAAAUGUCUCCCAAGAACACUUUGUCGAGCACUGUGUUGCUCUCUGGCGCACUGCAGACUUUUUGAUGAUCCAAAAACUCAAAAUCUUGGUGGGAAUCGCUGUGCAAAACUACUGCGACAAGCGGAUGAAGGAGCUAUGCAUAAGUCCUCAUCGGCCAACCUGGCGCCACAUCGAUCAGGGCUUAUCCAAAAGCUUGAGCCCAUGGGCCAUUGACCUCCUUCAAGGGCUCCAGCAGGCCUAUAUCUGGCAGAUUGUGUACCUGAAGGCAGUGCUCAUGGAGUUCAUAUGGGUGGGAAGAUCAGUGACGCUGCAAAGGGGCAUCGCUUCCGCCUUGUUUGAACACCUCAAAGACACGCCGGAGUUCGCAGACGAAUUUCUAGGAGAUUAUGUCUCCAGGUCUUGGAAGAGCACAUCGGUAUGGAUCCCGCCUCGCGAGAAUGUGAUCUCGCAAAGAGGCUCUAGCUUCUGCAUUCGGUGUCGCAAUGCGAUAAUCUGGGGUGACUUUUGGAGUACAUCGGGCUCGGGGCAGGUCAUAAACCCUUUCAGGCGAGACGGCGACAAUGGAUAUCAGGGUGGCUGGUGUAGUGGCUGUGCGGCAGGCGACAAUAUUCCUUGGCGGGGACCACCGCCACAAAGAGCCCCUCAACCUUCUCAAGCUCAAGCUGGCAGCAACUCACACGCUGGUCAGCCGCCGACUGCAGGACGAAGGCCUUGA